GCCGGGGCGUAUGUGUCGGCGGGGCCGGGAGCGGGCGCAGCCCUCGGCGGGGCCGCCGCCGCCAUGGACGCAGCUACUCUGACCUAUGACACCCUGAGGUUUGAGUAUGAAGACUUCCCUGAGACCAAAGAGCCCGUUUGGAUCCUUGGCCGGAGAUACAGUGUCUGUACAGAGAAGGAAGAGAUCCUGUUGGAUGUGACCUCUCGGCUUUGGUUCACCUACAGGAAGAACUUCCCUGCUAUUGGAGGCACAGGCCCGACGUCUGACACAGGCUGGGGCUGCAUGCUGCGCUGUGGCCAGAUGAUCUUUGCUCAGGCCUUGGUCUGCAGGCAUCUGGGAAGAGACUGGAGGUGGAUAAAGGGGAAGAAGCAGAUGGGCAACUACUUCAGUGUUCUUAAUGCCUUCAUUGACAAAAAAGACAGCUACUAUUCCAUCCACCAGAUAGCCCAGAUGGGAGUUGGAGAAGGCAAAUCCAUAGGUCAGUGGUACGGACCAAACACAGUGGCACAAGUGCUCAAAAAACUUGCAACUUUUGAUACAUGGAGCUCACUGGCAGUGCAUAUAGCCAUGGACAACACAGUAGUGAUGGAAGAAAUCAGGAGGCUGUGCCAGUCCAACUUGCCAUGUGCUGGAGCUGCAGCCUGCCCUGCACUGGAGUCAGACGUGCUGUGUAAUGGGUACCCAGAGGAGGCAGGGGUUAGAGAGAGGCUCUGCCUCUGGAAACCUCUGGUGCUGCUGAUUCCCCUGCGCCUGGGGCUCACAGAGAUCAAUGAAGCCUAUAUCGAGACACUCAAGCACUGCUUCAUGAUGCCCCAGUCCCUGGGAGUGAUUGGAGGGAAACCAAACAGUGCUCACUACUUCAUUGGCUAUGUAGGUGAGGAGCUCAUUUACCUGGAUCCCCACACCACCCAGCCUGCAGUGGAGCCCAGUGACAGUGGCUGCCUCCCUGAUGAGAGCUUCCACUGCCAGCACCCUCCCUGCAGGAUGAGCAUUGCUGAGCUCGACCCCUCCAUCGCCGUGGGCUUUUUCUGCAACACAGAGGAGGAUUUUAAUGAUUGGUGCCAGCAAAUCAAAAAGCUGUCCCUGGUAAGAGGAGCACUGCCAAUGUUUGAGCUGGUGGAGAGACAGCCCUCACAUUUCUCCAACCCUGAUGUCCUGAAUCUCACACCAGAUUCCUCUGAUGCCGACAGACUGGAAAGGUUCUUUGACUCAGAAGAUGAAGACUUUGAAAUCCUGUCCCUUUGAAAACCAAUAGGAAAGUGACUGCAAAUUUGUGUUAUGUGUGGGGGAGAAGGGGGGGAGGGAAGCUCCUUGGAGAGCCUGGGGCUACUGGUUUUCAUAGGCACUCGCUGCCAUCCCCACCUCUUGUCCAUCCUGGGAAUUCCGGGCAGCCUCUGAGCGGGAAGCACGCACCUUGUCUGUGUUUGGGAUGAAGAACCAAGAGGGAGGUGUAGCCAUAACUGGCUGGAGGUGGAAUUUCUCAGCAGAAAACAAGUUGCUGCAAAUGGAUGCAGUGGUGCUUGGGAGCUGAAAGCCUCUCUGUUCCAUCAGCAGGUCAGUUGGCCUUCUGGGAAAGGCCUGGAAAUUGUUAAGAGUGCUAAAUCCUUACAGGGGGACUUCCCUCUGAAGCUUCAAUAGAGCCACCCCUCAUUUAGCAGGUAAAAUGUACAGUUAAUUAACAGCAGCUUCUCACUGGGCCAGCUUGGAGUGCAGCUUGCCACACAACUGAGCAGCAGACGUGUCCCUGGGGGGCAGCUGUGAAGCCCCUGGAGUCCACCUCCUGCUCAUGCUUUGCAGGACACACUGCUUUGCAUCGUGCCCUUCCCUCUCCUGCUCACAUCUGGGGACAAGGAAGUUGAGGGCACUUACAAGUGACUGGAAAUUCAGUAAGGGAAAGGCUGGGAGGGGACUGUCUCAAUCUCUGUGUAAGGAGCAGCAGAAAGAAGGAAAGGAGACUAAAAAAUGUGCAUGUUCUUGCUCAGUGAGUUGCUAAAGCAUUGUGCUUCUACAGUGGAUUAAUCUCUACAGCAACUAUCUUCAGGAAAGCUGCUUUGACUGGAUUCCAAAGCCCUGGAAAGAAAAUAAAAAAAAAACCCCACAGCUGGGAGAGAGGGAACAGGAGAAGUGAGAUCUGGCAGUUGUGUGCCUGCCCCCCAGCAGGCUGACGUGGCCCCUAGGGAAUCAGCCCAGGCUGCACCAAAAACGUGAGCUGUUAAACUCCUUAGGUUGUCCUGGGGGGGAUGUUCAGCACUUCCUCCAAAUGCUCCUGUUAGACAUUCCCUUUCCAAAGUGGAAAAGGUGCCUGGAGGUCGAGGAGCCUGCCUGGCUGUGUGGUACCUUUCCUUCCGCCAGCUUCCCUCCUGCAGGGUGUACACAAAGGUACUGUAGGAGCUACCCUGGAGAAACCCAUCCCAGACCAUCAUCCUGCAGAGGGCAGUGGGGACAGAUUGCCUUGGGAAGGUCCAGUGGUACUGGGAAUGUUGUCAGCUGCCUUAGGAUGAUGGCUCUGCUGGGGCCCUUCUCCACACAGCAUUCAGAGGAAGGUAAACCAUGGGAAGAGAGCUGUCUUCAUGCAAAGGGAAUGUGCUGAAGUAGCUUCCUUAGUGCAUGCUGCAGACUGCAGACCUGUUCACAAGGUUUCAUUUUGUGUAUUUAGGGUUGGAACCCCUCAGUUGAUGCUUUUAUGCCCAAGGGUGCUGAGAGCUGGCUAGAAAUGACCAUUUCCCCCACGACUGACCUACUGAUGCUCUAACUGUCCCUGUGCUACCCAAAAGCAGAGGUUUGAACUGGGAACCACAAUGCUUUUGUCACUAAAUUAUUAUUAUUUGCUGCUUUCUGCCUGCUUCUCCCCUUCUCUCUUGAAGUCAGGGGAAGAGGCAGCAGAGGAAGUGGGGCUGUGCUCCAUUAAUCUGCUUUCAAUUUGUAUCUGAAUAAACAGAUCUAAAAUCUUUGCCUCUCUUAAUUAAUU